AUGGCUCGUCCAAGUCUGUUGACACAAUUCAGACUCCUCCAAGCACCAGCUGCUGCCCUGCGCGGUUCUUCCACUCCAGUCGCUGGUCUUGUGAAUGCCAGGGAAAAUACUCCCACAACAGACUUGGCUGCCGACCGCAGGGCCACAAGUUUGAGUCCCCCCACAACUCCAGCGAGACGCCCACGAAGUGAUUCAGCAGACAACAAUAUCGACAGUGAACAUGAAAGAAAAUGGCUCAAACAAUUUGCUACCAAUGCUUGCAAGGCCCAUGGCCUGCCUGACAAUGCUUUGGACGACUUUCUCAAUAUCAAGUCCGUCAAGGAGAUGUUCUUAAAUUUGAUGGCAACCCUGCUCGCAAUGCAAAGGGCCGCCAAACGAUCUGCAAGUCAGGACUUUAUUGCUUCAGAUGAUUUCAAGGCCUAUGCAAAGAAACACCCUACAACUUUCAAAAUUCCUGAUGGAACUUUCGAGGAUUCAGAGAUGUCGGACGUAGUGACUACAUUCAUCAAGGAGAAUUUGACUGCACAGCGGGGGAGCAUGAAGCAAAAGAUCAAUCAUAGCCUCAAAACCAAGGCAAAUAUAUCUGUCCUCGCAAAGUCUCUAGCAUCGACGGGUCACGAAGUUACAGUGGCACACUGGGCGCGCUUUGCCUUUCUGCGCAGUACCUUUGUCAGCUUCCAGACUGUCGUUGAGCAGGCUAAGGCCACAUCGGCAGCUCAGGACAGCGCUGUUGCUGUCAUGGAGAACAGGGACUCUGAAGUCAUCGACUCCCCCAAGGCCCUCGGUCCAGGUCCAGCCACAAGCGAGAACGAAGAACCUGAUGGAGUCACAGUCGCCGAUACGAUAGAGAAGGCACGGAACUGGGUAUCAACCGAAUAUUGGGAAUUUGUCGACCUUCUCCUUCGUGAUGUCAGGCAGGAAGCUCGUGCCAUUGGGAAGACACCGUUGGAACGUGAAAAGAUAGUCGAGACGUUUUUCACAUCAUGUCUCCAAGAUGACAUGAAGCAAUAUGCGUCUACUCACUCCCUUAUUCCAACUUUCGAUAAAGUAACCGUUCACUGGCAGAAAGCGAUUCAUACUGGGCUCAUUUGCCGCCAAUCUGAGACCUCUCACAGACCUCUGGUUCCGGUCAAUCAAAUCGCUUGCUCAUCCAUUCCGUUUACAGAAUUACCACAUCCAGUCCCCGUUAAGACACAAACCGUCCCAAAGGUCUCACAGACCCUCCCAAGAACUAACCGUGUACUAUCAUUCCGGGAUGUUGUAGUGUGGUGUUGGAUGACAGCUACCUUCAAAUCGAUAGGCCAGAAUCCAUUUUUGUUCAUUCACCACUUUUGUUUAGUUGUGGAGCCGGCCAAACAACAGGGUCCCGCCUAUUACGAUACUUUGUCGCUCACUGCUGGUAAUACCAGUAUGACUAUUUAUCACCAACUCAUCAUGGAUGAUCCGACCGAUACUGUUCCCCAAUCCCCAAUGGCCAAACUACUAGUAUAUAAGACCUGUCCAUCAAAGGAGCAGCAAGAGAUGCUUCAACGUCGCUUCCCUCGUGCCGGCUAUUGGUUCAACAUGCUCCCUACCCACCCCUUCAUCCAUGGUAUUGAAAAUAUGCUGCCGCCGCCAAGCACAGCACCUCAUCGCAUUCAUGAUUUUGCACCACCUCCAUAUUCUGCACCACCUCCGUAUUCCGCACACAAUCCUGUACAUGCUACAAAUCCUGUGCCAAUGCAAGUCAAUGCUAGGCCAGCUCUGAGUCAGCAGCCAGUUGCUGCUUCCAAUAUCACCGUGUCCAUUCCGUUAAAUUCUGGUGUUGUUGGGGGACGUGUCAGCCGAGUUCAAAUUUGUCUUCCCCUUGACAUUUCUUUUGUCGAUUUUUUCUCGCGUGUCUGUGCCAAGAUGGACUUAGACCCAGUGGAUGCUGAACUGGGAUACAAGUUUCACACCGACCAUGCCCGCAAUGACCCCCAUCAGCUCUCUAAUGAGCAGCAGCUUCAUGAAGCACUAGAACGUGGCAGGCAGCUGAUCCAUUGUUCUCGUACUCGAGAGACCAUUCUUGAAUUACACAACCUGAAGAGACCAGUGCGUCAAGCUGCGUCGGCCAGUCGAGGUCGUCGUGAAGACAUAGGAAACAGUGAUCAGGAUGCAACUACUCUCAGCUUUGCAGCUGAGUUCUGUGAGCUCAAGAACAAGCUGGACUGCGCAAAGCACCCUGGCACACACUGCUACAUCAACCCUGCCAGUGGUGAACACGAAGCACAAGAUAUUUACAACCUCACACUCUGGGUGAAAAAAAUUUCCUUGGGUGAGGCCACUUAUGAUAACCCACCUGAGACAGCUGCUUUUGAUCAUGUCCGAAAAAAGCGUUGA